AUGGAUUACACCCUCAUCAUUCUUUGGGUGUUUACCUGGGUGACAGUCGCCUUGGUAGUCCUUCGGCUGCUGGUACGGAAGUUGAAAGGAUUCCAGUUCGUCUUGGGCGAUUAUCUCUCAAUGGGCGCAAUUCUCUGUGCUCUCGUACGCCUCGGCUUGAUCCACGUUAUUCUCAUCUGGGGAACAAACAAUAUGUCAUCCAAGCUCAGACAUACGACCAAUUUCACUCCCGAGGACAUCCGCCGCAGAGAGAUCGCGAGCAAAUUGGUACUCGCUAAUCGAGUAUUUUAUAAUUCCUAUCUCUGGUUGCAAAAGUUCGUUCUGCUCGAUACCUACCGCAGACUGCUCAAGCACCUUCCCUGGGAGAAGGUCACGAUGAUCUCGUAUAUCGGUAUAUUCGCAGCGACAUAUGCUAUCGUACAGAUUGUGACUUUCACCGAAUGCGAUCCCUUCAAUCAUUACUGGAUCGUAUUGCCGGAUCCUGGUACAUGCUGCCAGGCACAGCUCGAAUUGAUCGUCCUCGUCUCAGGUGUCCUGAAUGUCAUCACGGAUAUCAUGCUUAUCGCGUUGCCGAUUCCAAUUCUGGUCCUGGUUAAACGAUCCGCUAUGCAAAAAUUCCAGCUAGCGAUCCUCUUCUCCAUCGGCCUAUUCAUCGUCGCAAUCACUAUCGCGAGAUUACCUCAAAACGCCAGAAAUCCUACCGCCCAAGUGAACAGAACGACUUGGGCAUCCGUUGAGUUACUCGCUGCUGCUAUCGUAGCCAACGCUCCCGUCCUAUACGGACUACUGAAGGGCCACAGGGAACGGUCCAAGAACGCCGCAUCAGAACCGGGAUCGACUGGGCCGUCUUGGCAGGGACUUCAAAAGAGAUCAGCAAAUGGGCCCGAAUUCGAAAUGCAAGGGACUCGUCGCAGUAAGAGAGGGUCUCUUCUCGGUUCAAAUAUAUCAUCCAGGAAUUAUUUGGAGAUCGAUGGUGAGAGUGGUCAAUCGUUGACUCGAAGCCUAGAUAAGUAG